AUGGCCGACGUCAAUCGUCAAGAUGACCCUAAAGCGAGGCAAAGCACAGAGGCCGAGCUACCAGAGUCCCCUUCCGACGGCGAUUCCGCUCUGGCCUUACUGGAGGGCAGUAUCGACCCAAUCUACGAGGCGAAGGCUCGCCUGCUCAACAAGGCAAUGCAGGACAUCGGAAUGGGUCGAUACCAGUGGCAGUUGUUUGUCGUGAUCGGAUUUGGCUGGGCAAGCGAUAAUCUGUGGCCGAUUGUGACCUCGUUAAUCUUUACGCCUGUGAAAAAUGAGUUUAACCCUUCCCGGGCCCCGUAUCUGACACUCGCUCAAAAUAUUGGACUAUUGGUGGGUGCCGUAUUUUGGGGAUUCGGAUGUGAUAUAUAUGGCAGACGGUGGGCGUUCAAUCUGACCAUUGGAAUAACUGCGAUCUUCGGCCUCGUUGCUGCUGGUUCUCCUAAUUUCGCUGCCAUUGCGAGUUUUGCGGCAUUGUGGUCCGUCGGCGUCGGUGGAAAUCUUCCCGUUGAUUCAGCCAUUUUCCUUGAAUUCCUCCCCGGCUCGCACCAAUAUUUGCUGACAAUUCUAUCGAUCGACUGGGCAUUCGCUCAAGUUGUAGCAAACUUGAUCGCGUGGCCGCUGCUUGGGAAUUUGACUUGUGAGGAGAAUACCACUUGCACGCGUUCGAACAACAUGGGGUGGCGCUACUUCAUGAUCACAGUCGGUGGCCUAGCAAUGGUGAUGUUCUUCUUGCGCUUCGCGUGCUUCACAAUCUUCGAGUCCCCAAAAUUCCUGAUGGGCCGCGGAAAGGACGAAGAAGCCGUUCGCGUGAUCCAUGAGGUUGCCAGGCGCAACAGGACAACUUCAUGGCUUACGCUAGAACAUCUUGAAACCCUUGGGCCCCUCCGAGGCGCCGGCGCCUCGAGGGCCAUACAUCGAAACCUAGAGAAAUUCGAUUUCAGUCACGUUCAUGGCCUCUUCGCGACCAAACGUCUCGCAUUCUCCACAUCGUUGAUUAUCGUUGUCUGGGCCUUCAUUGGCCUUGGAUUUCCGCUUUAUAAUGCCUUCCUACCAUACAUCCAAGCUACCCGCGGCGCUGAUUUUGGCGACAGCUCGACGUAUAUAACAUAUCGGAACUCACUGAUCAUUGCUGUAUUAGGCAUUCCGGGGUGCCUUCUGGGCGGAGCAUUGGUGGAGCUGCCAAAGUUUGGACGCAAGGGGACGCUAUCCAUCUCUACGGUGUUGACUGGCGUGUUCUUGUUUGCUUCGACAACGGCAGUGACAUCAAAUUCCCUGCUGGGCUGGAAUUGCGCGUAUAACUUCAUGAGUAAUAUCAUGUAUGCCGUAUUAUAUGCCUAUACACCGGAAAUCUUUCCAACCAAAGACCGCGGGACGGGGAACGCGCUGACUGCGGCUGCAAAUCGCGUGUUCGGAAUCAUGGCGCCCAUAAUUGCGAUGUUUGCAAAUCUAGAGACCGCCGCGCCAGUGUACGUCAGCGGUGCAUUGUUCAUUGCAGCAGGGAUUUUGGUUAUCUGCCUGCCGUUUGAAUCUCGAGGGAAAGCGAGUUUAUGA